UAGCCCUUUAGCCUGAGCUGUUGUUCCAGUUGCGGCGAUAGAGCAGCAUUAACAGCCCUGCUACUGUUACAGCGAAAAGUAAGAACAGGUAGACUGAAUUAUUUGCACCUGUUUUAUCAUCAACGACGCCUGGAGAAGACUACACCUAUAAUUGCUGUAUUUUGUUCUUUGGCCAUUAACCACUGUGUCCUCUGAGAGACACUGAACAGACUGUUGAACAUCUUUGUGUUCAAAACUUCCCUGUCGAAGGGACAGAAACCACGCAAGCAAGAUAUCAAGGUGUUUUGCGGCUUGAGCACUGUGCAGAGACCUCUAAGGAUCAGGAUUUGUCACCACAGCCUAGAUGAUGAUUUGUUGCCUCCGAACACUGCAGCUGUUGUUUGGGGCUCAGCUGGUUGUCUCAGACUGGGCCCUGACUGCCCCCACAAUCCCAAACAAGUUCCUCUACCAUCAUUUCCUCAGUGGAAAUGGCAACAAAGAAAUUCAUUUGAAUGGUGUGGAACUCCAUGUGGACUCUGAUAAGACACCAGUGUUUGCAGUCAGGGGGGGUAAUGUCACCCUGCCAUGCAGGUUUUGGUUUGAGCCUGAGCUGAGUUCACAGAGAGAGGUCAGGGUCAAGUGGUCCCGGCUCCCUGCUGCUGCCGGGGGACACGAUGAGACAGACGUGCUGGUGGCGAUCGGCUCCCGCAGUCGAACAUUUGGAGAGUUCAGGGGUCGUGUGCAGCUCAGACAGGAUUUCCCAGGAGAUGCUGCACUGUUGAUGACUGACCUCCAGUUGAAUGAUACAGGCCAUUACCGUUGUGAAGUGGUGGACGGACUGGAGGACAGGAGCACUUCAAUUCAUCUGGAGUUACAAGGUGUGGUGUUUCCCUACCAGCACCCUCGGGGUCGUUACCACAUGAGCUUCCUGGGAGCCCGGCAGGUCUGUGAGGAGCAGGGCUCGUCACUGGCCACCUUCACACAGCUCUUCCAGUCCUGGAAGGAGGGCCUGAACUGGUGCAAUGCGGGCUGGCUGGCUGACGGGACAGUCCAGUACCCCAUCACUCAGCCCAGAGAGCCCUGCGGGGGCCACGGCCUCGCCCCGGGUGUCCGGAGCUACGGCAGACGGCACCUGCACCUUCAUCGCUACGAUGUGUUCUGUUUCUCCUCUUCGCUCCAGGGGAGAGUCUACUAUUUUCAGCCCUCUCACAAGAUGAACCUGACGGAAGCUCAGAGGAUGUGUCAGGCAGAUGGAGCAGAAAUCGCCAAAGUCGGACAGCUCUACGCUGCCUGGAAGCUGACAGGGUUGGACCACUGCGACGCGGGCUGGCUGGCUGAUGGAAGCGUUCGCUACGCCAUCACCAGGCCACGCAAAAACUGUGGUCCCCCUGAGCCAGGGGUCCGCAGCUUUGGCUUUCCACCCCCACAGCACAAGCAUGGAGUCUAUUGCUACAAGGCAGAAAAUGAGUGAAUAUAGAUCCUUACAGCUUCCUCUGUCACGUCAAAAAUUUAAAGUUGACACAGAUUUCUUGAAAAUAUGUAUCCCUCUGAGCAUCAUUAAUACUGUGUAAACUAGUGGUUCCCCACCAUGCAAUAAAGCACCCCCACUGUAAACCAAACCAGGGAUGUUGCAGUUACACAGUAUGACACUAGGUCACCAGGAUGCACAAAUAUUGCUUCAGCUAAUAGAUAAAGAAAAAGGGAUGGGAACCACUGCUCUUAUUAUAUCUUUCUAUUAGUACAUUUGUCUCUGUGAAUUCCUCAUUUUGUACAAAACAUUUUCUUUACUGUGAUGUUGUCACAUUUAUUAUAUAAACUACUGAAAUCAGUAUUUGUAAAGUAACAUCUGUACUUGAACUUGAAGGUCUAUUCUCUGAUGAAGACCAUGACGUGUGCUUCAAACUCAGAAAAAAAUAGUAACUGGACCUUGAGUUGAGCUCAUUUUGUUCGUGAUACUUCUACUGUAUAACCAUGUGCCUCAGGUGAUCACAAUAAGGAAGGUGUUGGCUGAUCCAUUUUUACAUUACU